AACAUAAGGAGAGAAACUAAAAUUUAAUAAGGUCAGCAAUACACUAUGAAAUUCAUGAAAAUUCUUUUGUAUAAAUACACCUUUAAAAAUUUAAAACUAGUUUACUCGUUGUUUUCAGUUUCCCUCCUUUUUCGGAGUACUUGGCAAUUAGCGCACCAAACACAACAUUCCUUCCAUUUCAGCUGCUGCUUUUGCCAAAAGCUCAAAAUUACAAGCACACGCCACACUCCAAUGGCGGCUUCACCAUCUCAGUCGGACCUUCAGCUCCAAUUCCAAUCGGAGACCGAGUCUCCGAUGUCAUCCAUCGUCUACGUGAUUUCACAGCAAGUCCAGGGCGAGAUGGAGAACAUGUUUGAGAUGAUGAGCGAGAUUGAUGAGAACUCUGCCGGAAUUUCGGAGGAGAUCGAGAAGUGCAAGGAAUCUGCUACCGAGAAGAAGAAAGGCUUAGAGGAGGUCAGAGAGCAAGUUGAAAAAGCUGCUUACGCCGUCUUGGAGUUGCUCAACAACCGAGCAUAGAAUGCACAGACGCUACUGUGUCUGCUUAAUUGAAGAGGACGUCCGAGAUGAGCCAUUUCUCACGAGUACAAUAUCCUUUCCGGGCUACGGUUUAAAGUUGAAUUUUUAUGAUCUUUGUUCAUCUGCCUCUGCAGGUUGUUGGAAGCUUAAAGGACAUAACUCAAUGUGAGAAAGCUACGGGUGUCUUCCUUGAGGUUGGAUGGAUCAGUUUCGGUAUAAAGAGAUGCACGGUAGGAUCCGUUAGCAGUUCAUUCUAUACACAAGCUUGUGGCAUCUGACUAUUGGUUUUCCUUAAUUUGCUUCUUGGCUUGAACAUCCUACAAUGCCAAUAGGUGCACUGUUUUGUUUUCCUUAGUUCGUUCAUAGCCGUCAUCUUGCAUUGCAUGUUUUACUAUGUUCGAUAAUUUCUUGACUCUCGAGCCUUUCAUGUUUAUCAGCCCUUCAUGAUUA